UAAUAUAGUAUUCAGAGCAUUUUGAACUGUAUGAGACACAGAAGAAGAAACUGAAAUUGGAAAUGGAGAUGUUACUAUUCAGAGCAUUUCUAGCUGCUUGUGCUCUUAUACUUCUGCUGGUCCAUGCUCAGGAACCAGGAUUCAUCAGCAUAGAUUGCGGAGCAAACUCAAACUACACUGAUUCACAAACUGGCCUUUAUUACGUUUCCGAUGCAAGCUUCGUAGAAACUGGGAUAAGCAGCAGUGUAGCACUAUCGUAUCAAUCAGAUAGUCUUGAAAAACCGUUAUGGACUCUCAGAAGCUUUCCUGAAGGUUCCAAAAACUGUUACCAUGUAAAAGUUACGGAACACGGUAGAUAUUUGAUGAGAGCGUACUUCUUUUAUGGAAAUUAUGAUGAAAAAGUUACACCACCGAAGUCAUUUGAUUUGUACCUGGGAGUUAAUCUGUGGGAUUCUGUGGUUCUUGGCGAUGUUUCUACCUCCAUAUUUAAGGAGAUCAUACAUGUUUCGCCAUCGAAUUAUAUUGACGUCUGUCUGGUAAAUACAGGUUCCGGGACACCAUUUAUUUCAUCUUUAGAAUUCAGGCCCCUGAGAAGUACCACUUACGUAACUCAAUCCGGAUCGCUUAUGUUGUAUAAAAGGAUGAACGUUCAACCAACUACAAAUCGAACAAUCAGGUAUCCUGAUGAUGUUUUCGAUCGGGUAUGGAUGGCAUAUAACAAUCCUGACUGGAAACAAUUAUCUGUUGUUUAUAUCUAUGAUGUUGAUAGUAAUACUGAUUAUAAGCCUCCACAAAUUGUGUUAGAGAGUGCUGGUACACCAAAAAUUGCAAGUGACCCCUUACAAUUCUCUUUAAGCACCCCGGAUUCGACUUCCCAGCUUUAUGUGUACAUGCACUUUGCGGAAAUUGAAUAUCUCUCAGAAAAUCAGUCAAGAAGAUUCAAUAUUUCUUUGAAUGGAGGUUUGAAUGGAAAUUUCUCGUCUGAACCGAUUUCUCCAUGUUACACGUGCGCGACCACUUUUCACUUUCCUUCAGUCUUUAUCGGAGGACACUGUGAUAUUUUAAUCACUAAAACUGAAGAUUCAACCCUCCCUCCAAUUCUCAACGCUGUCGAAUUUUAUCUAGUGAAAGAUUUCGCACAGUCAGAAACCGACCAAGUAGAUGCUGAUGCUAUCAAGAAUAUCAAGUCAUUGUAUAAGAUAAAAGAUUGGCAAGGAGAUCCCUGUGCCCCUCAAGAAUACUUGUGGGAUGGCCUUGAUUGCAGCUUCAAUGGUAGUAAUCCUCCAAGAAUUAUUUCUCUGAAUUUAUCUUCAAAUGGACUGACUGGUGAGAUACCUCCUCACAUAUCCAAUCUUACAAUGAUACAACACCUGGACUUAUCAAACAAUAGUUUGACUGGAUCAGUGCCCGAGUUUCUGUCUCAGCUGCCAUUCUUGAAGACCUUAAACUUAAGUGGAAAUAUGCUCACAGGUUCAGUACCAGUUGAACUUACUGAAAGAUCACAAAAGGGUUCCAUAUCAUUAAGUGUGGAAGGCAAUCCAAAUCUUUGCGCAUCAGUUUCAUGCGGCAAGAAAAGGAAGAAGAAAAAAGUAGUUGUUCCAGUUGUAGCAUCAUUUGCUUCCUUGUUCACACUAUUAGCUGGAUUGGCUAUUUUCUGGAGACUUAAAAUGUAA